UGCGCGCAACCAAACCAUUAAUGAACUAAAUCACUAACACAUGCGCUAUUAACGAUAACAACCUGUUGCAUGGAGACAUGUCAAUGCAUUAGCGCGAACCCCAACCACGUGUUGCUGUUAAGAACCUCGGACAGUUUCCAAGGACGGCCGUUUCUAGGAGACCGAAGAACCAACAAACAAACAAACGCUGCUGCGCUGCAAAAUCGAUAAUAUCACUUUCAAAUGUGUUACUCGAGCGUAAUGCUCACUGCUUUUGGUUUGUAGGUGAUUUAAUUUUUGGAAAACAAGAAAAUGCAGUUAAAAUUCAUGAAAACUAUUGUCGAGGCACAGGAUCAUUUGUACCGCGUUGCUGGAUUAUGCUGGUCAGCCAAUAAUCAGAAGCUGGCAGUGGCCACGGCUGACCGUACCAUCCUGUUGUUCGACGAAAAUGGCGAACGGCGUGAUAAAUUUUCGACCAAAGCAGCCGAUCCAAAUGCAAUGAAAAAUUCCUACGUAAUCCGGGGCAUUACGUUCAGUCCGGAUUCGAGUCGGCUUGCGGUAGCCCAAAGCGAUAGCAUCGUGUAUGUGUACAAGCUGGGCGAACAGUGGAAUGAGAAGAAAGUGAUUUGCAACAAAUUUCCGCAGGGUUCGGCCGUUACGUGCAUUUCAUGGUUAGUUGGAGGACUAAUCGUGGCCGGACUGGAGGAUGGCAAGGUUCGUUCACUGUACUGUAAAAACAACAAAUCGAAAACACUUUACGGAACGGACAGUAUGGUGGUGACUUUGGCGCAAAACACCAAAGGUACCGGUGUCCUAUCCGGACAUGAAGAUGGAUCAGUAGUGCGUUUUCUAUUGGUAGAAGAACCCGGUGAACCAACCGGAAGACUGCUACAACAUCCGGUUGCACCGGUAGCACUGGCCUGGCCGCAAGGAGGCAUCGUUGUGGCGGGCUGUGAUAAGAAGAUUUGCUUUUACGAUCUUCAGGGACGUCCAAUGCGCACGUUUGACUACGGACGGGAUGAAGUGGAGCGGGAGUUUACCGUGGCCGCAGCCAGUCCGAACGGACAGGCAGUCGCCAUUGGAAGUUUCGAUCGUUUACGCAUUUUUAGUUGGAGCCCGCGGCAAAAUGCUUGGACAGAGUCCCUGUGCAAGACGAUCCCUAAUCUGUACACCGUAACGGCAGUCUGUUGGCGAAAGGAUGGUUCCCGGCUUGCCGUUGGAUCAUUGUGUGGAGCCGUACUGGCAUAUGAAUCGGUACUGAGACGCACCAUCUGGCAGGAUAAGUUUGAGCUUACGUUUGUAGCUCCGAGUCAGGUACUGUUGCGAUCGUUGCACGAACCGAUCACAACCAUGUUGGUUGAAUCACAGCUUGGGUUGGAAAUUGACGACAUAAGGAUCAUGGGCAAGGAUUGCUAUCUGGUCGGACGCACCGAAGACUCACUGAUCUUGUGCGAUCUUACGCGCUCCCUAACGAGCGAAAUUCCUUGGAUUGCCACCGGGCGUCACGAGCGGUUCUACUUCGAAAAUCCAACGGUAGCACUGAUAUUCAACGCGGGCGAACUAUCGCUCGUCGAGUACGGUGAACACUACAUCCUUGGCUCAGUACGAACGGAAUUCGUCAAUCCACAUUUAAUCUCGGUACGUUUAAACGAACGUGGUAACACGCGUAACAAUAAGAAGUUGGCCUACCUGCUCGACAUGAAGACUUUGUGCGUGGUCGAUCUAAUGCUGCAAUCGACGAUCGCACAAAUAUCACACGAUUCCAAGAUCGAUUGGUUGGAGCUAAGCGAAACAGGUCACAAGCUACUGUUCCGUGAUCGCAAGAUGCGUCUCGUGCUGGUUGACGUAGGCACCGGGCAGAAGCAAACCCUUCUGGCGAAGGUCGCGUUCGUGCAGUGGGUGCCCUCGAGUGAUGUGGCCGUUGCACAAAGUGACACCAAUCUGGCAAUCUGGUACAACAUUGAUCUGCCCGAGCACGUCACGAUGAUGCCAGUACGGGGUGACGUGGUCGACGUGUUGCGUGAGGAUGGACGAACGGAGAUUAUCACACGUGAGGCUGCUUCGGAGCAUGUGUACCCGUUGGACGAGGGACUGGUAGAGUUCGGCACCGCUGUCAACGAUAGUGACUUCGGACGUGCCAUAUUCUACCUCGAGUCACUCGGCGAUCGUCCGGCGGCCAAAGCAAUGUGGCACAAUCUGGCCAAUAUUGCACUGGCUCAACAGAAUCUUCGAGUUGCACAGCGCUGUUUUGCUGCACUGGGAAAUGCGUCCAAAACGUUCUACAUCGGAGAGAUGAUCAAGAUCGCUGAAAGGUACGAAGAAACAACAGGACCCGGCAUGACGUGCCCUGAGGUGCGCGCUAUGAUGGCACUUCUUGGUGGAGAUUUAAGAACGGCGGAACGUAUUUACAUCGAGCAAGGUGAUAUUGAAGCCGCCCUGGCCAUGUACACCAAGUUGCGCCGUUGGGAUGAUGCUAUAAAACUGGCCGAACGUCGUGGAUAUCAUGGACUUCCUGAGUUGAAGGAAGCACAGAUGGAGUUUUUGCUUUCCACCAGCCAAGAGGAGAAGGCUGGAGAAGUAUUAGAGGAGCGCGGCGAAAAAGAUAAAGCCAUGACGCUAUACAUGAAGGCUAACAAACCGGUGAAAGCUGCUAAACUGGCAUUGAAAACACCACAUUUACUAUCAAAUGAGAAUUUAGUUACAAGAGUGUCGGCAUCUUUAAUUAAGGCGGAACUUUUCGAGCUCGCCGCGGAACUUGCAAACCGUACCGGACAACAGCAAACCGCAAUCACCCUCUAUCGGAAAGGUGGUGCCUAUGCAAGAGCGAUUGAGCUUGCCCGUUACGUUACCCCGGAUGAUGUGACCAGCCUGGAAGAAGAAUGGGGCGAUUGGUUGGUGGGAAAGCGGCAACUGGAUGCCUCGAUAAGCCACUACAUCGAAGCUGGCUGCACAGUUAAAGCACUAGAGGCAGCAGUUGGUGCAAAACAGUGGCGUAAAGCGGUACAAAUCGCCAAAGUCGUUGAUGAUCCAGAAGAAAUUCAAAAAUACGCCGUUGAACUGGCUGAACAUCUGUGUCAGAUAGGGGACGUGAAAACGGCCGAAGAACUGUUGGUACGGGCCGAACUUUAUCGAGAAGCGGUACAGCUACUGAACAAACAUGGCCAAUGGGAGAAAGCGUUCGACAUUGCCGACCGAUUCCUACCCGGUGCAGACGUACGUGAGAUGUUUGUGGAGCUAGCGAAAGGACUGGAGCAGGAAGGAAAAUAUAGAGACGCGGAACGCGUCCUUCUCACGGUCAAUGAGCCUGAUUUGGCGAUCAACAUGUACAAAGAGUUGGAGCUAUACGACUCGAUGAUUCGUCUGGUCGAGCGCUAUCACAAAAGCCUCCUCGAACAGACGCAUCUCAACUUGGGUCGUCAGUUAGAAUCGAAGGGCCGGCUUAAGAAUGCGGAGGUACAUUUCCUGGCCGCGGGUGAUUGGAAGGCGGCUGUCCAUAUGUACUGUACAGCUGGCAAAUGGGAGGAAGCACACCGCGUAGCUAAACAAAAAGGUGGUCAGCCAGCUUCGGAGCAGGUUGCUUUUAUGUGGGCAAAAUCUCUACCCAUCGAAGGUGCCGCCCGGCUACUCACCAAGAUGAACCUGCUGGAUAGCUGCAUAGCGUAUGCGUGUGAGGCGGGACAGUUCGAUUUUGCCCUCGAGCUGUGUAAGGUGAGCGGCCGUUCGGCCGAUGACGUGCAUUUGAAAAUUGCGAUGGCAUUGGAGGAUGAUGGUAAAUUUACCGAGGCCGAAGCGGAAUUUUUGCUGGCUAACAAACCACGUGAAGCCAUCAUGAUGCACACACACGGUGGAGAUUGGAAGUCGGCGAUUCGCGUAGCGGAAAAAUAUCUCCCAGAAGCGGUACAUGAGGUGUUACUUAGCCAAGCAAAUAGUGCGCUCGAAAGUCGCAACUAUCCCGAGUACGAGGCGCUAAUGAUUCGUGCCGAUCGGCCAGAUCUGAUCCUGGAGCACUACAAGGAAUACAACAUGGUGGCGGAUGCAUUGCGCAUUGCCAAGGAAUAUGUUCCAGGUGCGGUAGCAGAGUUGCAAAAAUUGUACGCCCGGAUGAACCGUGGCACUGGAGAAUCAACGGACUCGCGAUAUUUGUUACAGAAAGCAUCAGAGCACGCUAGAAACGAAGAGUUUCGUAGGGCUACCGAAUGUCUGCUGCAGAUUAAUGAGGGAAAUGCUGACGAGCCGACAGUAGCACGUGCAUUGCUACGGGCCGCAGAGAUAUGUAACCAGUUCCUCGAAGGUUCGGAAGCGAUGGAAAUGGCUCGAGAGCUUGGUCCACGGUUGAUCGAGAUCAACCAAAUAGGACCUGCGGCCCAACUGUAUCUAGCCGCGGAGUUACCUCAGGAAGCGGUUGAUGUGUUUAUACGUACCGACAACUGGGCGAAGGCGCGACGCCUUGCAAAGGAAAUAGACCCACAGCUGGUAGUGUACGUAGAAGCCCAGCAGAAAGCACGCCUGCGCAAUCAAGGCAAUGUGGAGCAGUUGGCGGACAUCGAUAUGGUCGGUGCGCUGGAUCUGCUCGCCGAACAGGGCCAGUGGAUGCGAUGCAUCGAGAAGGCCAAACAGCACAGUGUGCCGGUGCUGCAGAAGUACAUGGCACAGUACGCGGCCCAACUCAUACGCGAUGGAGACUGUGUGGCGGCACUGAACCUUUAUCUCGAGCAUGGCGUCCCACCGGUGAGCGCCAACUUUAACAUCUACAAUCGUAUCGCGCUGGAGUGUUUUGCCCUGCGAGAACCUGAUGCAGUCACCGUGUGGAAAAACGUUCGCACCUUUUUGCUCAAUCUCGUGCAAGCGUUGCGUGGUUCGGAUCAGGCCGAUGCAGAAAUUAUUGAUCGUUUCGAGCAGCUGCUAGUGAUUGCGCACUAUUACGCAACGAGGGCAGCAUGCCGUCAGGCACCAGCGCUACAAUCGAUCGCGGUAAAGAUUUCGGUCGCCCUGUUGCGCUACACGGAUAUCAUUCCGUGUGACAAGGGAUACUACGAGGCCGGUAUGGAUCUGCGCGGAAUGGGCCGUGAAUCGGAAGCGUUUGUAAUUCUCAACCACUAUCUGGACGUUUGUGAAGCAAUUGAAGAGGGUUCGGGCAAUUUGGUUGAUCAUUCCGACCUGUCCUCGACGGACUUUCCCAGCUCGGUGCCGAUUCCAGCGGAACUGCAUUUGAAGAACGAGCUUCAGCUGCACGAGGAGAUCCGCGAAUGGGUACUCGCCGUCAGCAUGGAUCAGAAGGUUGAUCAAGCGUUACCUACGGACGAUCGGAAUCUGUACGAGGCCAGUCUGGGGUUAUCGGAUCAACCGUGUUUGGUGAGCGGAUAUCCGGUGAUGGGACGCCAACCAGUUGUCUUUCAGCGCACACACCGGCUGGCCAAUCGGGAUGCUUGGAGUAAGCUGACGGUUGCUGCUCGGAUGGCACCACAAACGGACAUUCCUGGUGUGAUCGAUUUCAUUGAAAAGUGGUGCGGUCCGGCCAACUUUUUGUCGGGCUAGAAAGUGCCAUAAAAACCAAUUCUUCUUAGUAUAUUCCUUGAAGGAGGUUUUUGGUGCGUGCGUGUGGUAAUAUGCUAAUUAUUUAGAAUUUUUCAAAAGUUUUAUAGUUUUAUCAUUACAAUAGUGAGCUCUAGUGUCUUAUUUUUCGAUAUCUACUACAGCUGGGUUGUGGAUAACAUCUGCAAUGCCUGAACGUAUGUUAUCAUUUCGUUAACUCCUUUUCUAUUUUGUGUGUUUUACAACAAAUAAAACUUAACUUUAUUAACAAUAACGGCACAUAGGUAGGAUACGUUCUUUCACUUCAGCGACUCGUAGAGAAGAGAGACCUGUCUCUCUUCGUGCCUCGAUCGUUACUCCUUGCUAAUCAGGCGCCUGGAAAUCAAGAGCACCACAGGAUGGGUCCUAACAGCUACAUUAGAAGAUUUGCAUGAAGUAAGGAGGAAUAUUAUUGCCUUUUUACUACAAUAAGUAAGCAGGUGGUGCACGUGGUAGCUGCAUAGGUAUCGCACGACAGGACCGUGUAUCGAAUCUUAUCCAAACCGUAGGCCCGUACGCAGGUCUGUCUAUUCUGCUUCGAGUAAUUAUAGGUAGGUCUGAUGAGGUUGUAGUAACACAAAAGAAGACGUCAAAAGGAUGUAGUAAAACAUUUUAAAAGAUAAUAAUAAAUCAUAUAUUGCCUAACUGUGUUGAAACAAAUUGCCGAUAAAUUAAUUAGUAACUUCGAAAUAGAGAGUAGCAGGGUCAUAUGUUAUUGGUAAAAUGGUAUAAAUUUACAAUAAUUUCCUUCCAAUUUCCAUCAUCACUACAGGGUUAAUGUGUGAGUUUACCCUAGCUAGCCGCGAGCUAUCUCAUCUUCAAUAUUUCCCUAUCGUACUGUGGAUAACAGCAUCCGCCGAAUGCCACCGUUUGUAUUUUUGUGUUUGUACCGAAGCUUUUGUUCUACUCCUUGUAACGAUGCCCAGCGACGAGCAGGUGCGUUAUUUCCCAAUGUCUCGCAUACCUUUCCCUUCCCGAAUGAUUCAGAAAACAAAUACGAAACACCCCGACAGUCCCAGUUGGACUGAAACUCCUACCCCUCACCUUCCUACCCUUUUUUCCCUUCCCCAACAAAUGCAGGAUACGGCUUGAUAUCAACGGAUACUGGCAGGCGGAUGUUGGAAGGAAGGUAAAAGAAUUGUGCGAGAACAUUCUCUACCAAAGCUUGAUAGCCAUGGCAACAAUAUCAACAAUAGAAAUUCUGUUUGAAUAAAGAAGACGAAUGGCAAAACAUCGUGAUACGAAGUGAGUGCGAUGUCCGGACAGGAUGCGCGCAUGGCACCUGUUGCGAGCGACGGAAACCUGUUACGGAUAAACUUUUCCUUUCGCUGAUAAAGAGUUGAGGUUCGCUCUCCGGACACCGAGCACCAGAGAGAUCAUGGAUUUCUACACGGCGAGAGUGAUGAAGUUGUUUUAUGGCUCAAAUAUCUAGACAAGGAUGCUGGAUGAUUUUUUUCGAUGAAAACUAAGGACAAUUGUAAAUAAACAACAACAAGAAUGCCAUGGUAAGGAUCGUACAAGUUCUUUCGAAUAAUUAUUUAAAGUGGUGACAUUGCUAUUAUGAACAUAUUAUUUAUUACUACUGAUUUCGAUGCUGUUUUUAUGAUACAUAAAUUUAAACCCCAAUGCGUUGAGAUAAUUUUUUUAUUUAGUUGUAGUCAAUGAUCACAACAAAAACUAGAUGACAAUUUUUUAGAAGAAUAUGUUAUUAACAACCUAUUUCUGGUGCACAAACGCGCCUUUUUCUUUAUAUAUUUUUGUUUUCAUCAUUGCAUGUUGAACCCACCACACUGGUAACAAGUGGUUUAUCAAAACAAAAUACUUAGAACAUCUCACUCA